AUGGUGCUCAGAAACCACUCCACAGUGACUGAGUUCAUCCUGGCGGGGCUAACAGAGAAGCCAGAGCUCCAGAUGCCCCUCUUCCUCCUCUUCCUGGGGAUCUACGUGCUCACGGUGCUGGGGAACCUGGGCAUGAUGGUGCUGAUCGCGCUCAGUUCUCACCUGCACACCCCCAUGUACUAUCUCCUCAGCAGUCUCUCCUUCAUUGAUGUGGGCCAGUCCACCGUCAUCACCCCCAAAAUGCUGGCGAGCUUUGUGACAGAGAACACUAUCUCCUAUCCUGAAUGCAUGGCUCAGCUCUACUUCUUGUGUGUUUUUGCAAUAGCCGAGUGCCACAUGCUAUCUGCCAUGGCCUACGACCGCUACGUGGCCAUCUGUAAGCCCUUGCUCUACAACGUCACCAUGUCCCGUGGAGUCUGUGCUUGGAUGGUGGCUGGCGUGUACAGCGUGGGGUUGAUUGGUGCCACGGCCCACACAGUCUUCAUGCUAAGACUGAAUUUCUGCGAGGCAGAUGUAAUAAACCAUUACUUCUGUGAUCUUUUCCCAUUACUGGAGCUCUCCUGCUCCAGCACAUUUGUCAAUGAGGUAGUGGUCCUGUGCUUCAGUGCGUUUAAUAUCAUCGUCCCCAGCCUCACCAUCCUGGGCUCCUACAUCUUCAUCAUCGCCAGCAUCCUCCGCAUUCGCUCUGCCCAGGGCAGGUCCAAGGCCUUCAGCACCUGCAGCUCCCACCUCUCCGCUGUGCUUGUCUUCUUUGGCACUCUAGCCUUCAUGUACCUGCAGCCGUCCUCAGUCAGCUCCAUGGACCAAGGGAAGGUGUCCUCUGUGUUUUACACCAUCAUUAUCCCCACGCUGAACCCCUUGAUCUACAGCCUGAGGAACAAGGAUGUCAAAAUUGCCCUAAAGAAAUUCCUGGGAAAAAAGUAG